AAUACGAGGCUCGAAGAGAGGAACGAUUGGCUGUUGCGAAACGCCAACCACGUGGGAAUCGAAUCACGAAAAAGGUCAAAAGAUCUUUUCUCUCUCUAGUCUCUCUCUCUUCGAACUAUCAAGUCUAGUCCGUGGUCCUCCUCUGGCAUCUUCUGGUUCAUCACCGUCAUCACAGUCGUCACGAUCCUCUUCCCCACUGGGCCUGAAUUGAUGGGUAAAGCUUGGGAAAUCUGCAAACCGUUGCGUAAACACACAGUGAAGAGCUGUAACGUGUUCAUCUGUUCCUGAUACUAUUCUUUUCUUAAAACCCUAAAAAGAAGUCCAUUUCCGGAUUCAAUUUCCCUUUUAACUUCUUUGAAUUGAGUUAUCCAGGUUGUUUCUCUCUCUAGCUUCUACUUACUUAACAGAGGCAUUCUCUGGAGUUAGGGUUGGUGUUUGACACACAGUGUAAAUGGUCGUAAGCAAAUGGAGGGAAGUGAAUGUGGUGGGAAGAAUGGCAGCUCGAGUGAGAGACGACCUCCGAAUCCUCUCGCUGGAGCUUACAGGCAGUGUUUCAGCAGUGCUCAUGUCGCGUCCCCUUGCAGGAAAACACUUGUUCGUCGCCCGUCUCUCGUGAAAAUGACAACAUCAGAUGUCUCCAUUGGGCCUGCAUUGGGUGAGCACUGUGAAACUGACUUCAUCCCGAUUGUUCGCUCUGGGGGUUGGGCUGACAUUGGCUUUCGGCAGAGCAUGGAGGAUGCUUAUAUUUGUGUUGACAAUUUCAUGCUAAAAUAUGGGCUCGAGAGUUUCUGUGAUGGGCCCAGUGCCUUCUAUGGGGUCUUUGAUGGACAUGGAGGAAAGCAUGCCGCUGACUUUGCUUGCAACCAUUUGCCAAGGUUCAUCAUAGAGGAUGAAGACUUCCCAAGGGAGAUUGAGAGGGCUGUUGCUUCUGCAUUUCUUCAAACGGAUACUGCACUUGCCGAGGCUUGUUCUGUGGACAAUACCCUUGGUUCUGGAACGACUGCAUUGGCAGCUCUUGUUGUUGGGAGGUCAUUGGUGGUUGCAAAUGCUGGAGACUGCAGGGCGGUAGUCUCCCGUCGGGGCAAAGCAAUAGAGAUGUCGAGGGAUCACAAGCCAGUCUGCAUGAAAGAGAUGAAGAGGAUAGAAGCUUCAGGAGGGUAUGUCUAUGAUGGAUACCUUAAUGGGCAGCUUAAUGUUGCUCGUGCCCUUGGGGACUGGCACAUGGAAGGAAUGAAGAGCCAAGAAGGUGGGCCUCUUAGUGCUGAACCUGAGCUGAUGAGCAUGAACCUGACAGAGGAGGAUGAAUUCCUGAUUAUGGGUUGUGAUGGGCUCUGGGAUGUCUUUAGGAGCCAGAAUGCGGUCGAUUUUGCCAGGAGGAAGCUCCAGGACCACAAUGACCCCGUCUUGUGCUGCAGAGAACUGAUUGAUGAGGCUUUGAAAAGGAAGAGCGGGGACAACCUAGCUGUUGUGGUGGUGUGCUUUCACUCAAAGCCUCCACCAAACCUGGUUGUGCCGCGUCCUAGGGUGCAGCGGAGCAUAUCUGCUGAGGGUCUGCGGGAGUUGCAGAGCUUCUUGGAUAGUUUGGGUAACUAAAGUGGUGGUGGUAGGUUAAUUUUCUGAUCAGAUGUUUUAGCAGUCAGAAUUAGUCUUGAGGUAAAUCAUCCAACUGUAUCAUAUGCGGCUCCAGCAGAUUCUUCUUGUUUCAUUUGAUUCUGGUUGUCAACAUUUAGUUGUCAAAAACUAACCUAGGUAUUGAAGUUGUCAAGGACAACUAACCCAAAGAAGAAGCUCUUCUUGGAGAUGAUCUUGGAAUGUAUGAAACUGGAAAAUUUUUGCUCUUUGUUGCCAAUCCAUGUUUGAUUAGCUGA